AGAGUGUCAGACUGACGGCCGGCGGGCGCGAGGCCGGCAGGGCGCCCUCCCUCACGCUUGCUCUCCCGCGGCGGCCGCUCGGCUCCCGGCACGCUGCGCUCCCGCUCCGCUCCUGCCGUCUGGGUCUCCGCGAUGGGGGGCCGGGGCCGCGACUGCUCCGGGCCGGCCGGGGCGCCGCCGCUGCUCCUGCUGCUCCCGCUGCUCCCCCUGCUCCUGGUCUCGGGGCUGUCGCUGCCCCCGCCGCCGCCCGAGGAUGUGGAUGAGUGUGCCAGAGGAAUUGAUGACUGCCACGAAGAUGCCAUCUGUCAGAACACAGCCAAGUCCUAUAAGUGCUCCUGCAAGCCAGGCUACCAAGGGGAAGGCAGACACUGUGAAGACAUUGAUGAAUGCGAUGAUGAAUUCAAUGGAGGCUGUGUACAUGAAUGUUUUAACGUUCCAGGCAAUUAUCACUGCACUUGUUACGUUGGCUUCAUGUUGGCACAUGAUGGGCAUAAUUGUCUUGAUGUGGACGAGUGCCUGUUCAACAACGGUGGCUGCCAGCACACAUGUGUCAACACCAUGGGGAGCUACGAGUGCCAGUGUCAGGAGGGGUUUUUCCUGAGUGACAACCAGCAUACGUGCAUUCACCAUGCAGAAGAGGGCUUAGGCUGCCUGAAUAAGGAUCACGGCUGUGGCCACUUCUGCAAGGAGACCCUGGAGGGAGGAGUAGCCUGUGAAUGCAGGUCUGGCUUUGAACUGGCCAAAAACCAAAGGGAUUGCAUCCUGACAUGUAAUCAUGGAAAUGGCAGAUGUCAGCACAUAUGUGAUGAUACAGAUGAAGGACCUGAGUGUAGUUGCCACCCAAAGUACAGGGUGCACACAGAUGGGAGAUCCUGCCUGGAGAAAGAGGAUUCUACCCUGGAGCUAAUGGAGAAAAACGUCACCUCAUCAGUAGCUGAUGUCGACCGAAGAGUAAAACGGAGACUACUUAUGGAAACAUGUGCUGUAAACAAUGGAGGCUGUGACCGCACAUGUAAGGACACAUCUACUGGUGUUCACUGUAGCUGCCCUGUGGGAUUCACCCUUCAGUUUGAUGGGAAGACAUGUAAAGACAUUGAUGAGUGUCAGACUGGUAAUGGAGGCUGCGAUCACUUCUGCAGAAACACUGUUGGCAGUUUCGAUUGCAGUUGUAAGAAAGGCUUUAAAUUAUUAACAGAUGAAAAGUCUUGUCAAGAUAUCGACGAAUGCUCUUUUGAAAGGACCUGUGACCACACAUGCAUCAAUCAUCCUGGCACCUUUGAGUGUGCUUGUAAUAAAGGAUAUACCUUGUAUGGUUUCACGCAUUGUGGAGACACAAAUGAGUGUAGCAUCAAUAAUGGAGGCUGCCAGCAGACCUGUGUGAACACCGUGGGAAGCUAUGAGUGCCGGUGCGCCUCAGACCACCGGCUCCACUGGAACAAGAAGGACUGCGUGGAAGUAAAGGGAUUCUUGCCUGGUAACAUGUCCCCCAAAGUGUCCAUGCGCUGUACUAAGAGUGGUGGAGUGGAAAACUGCUUGCUAAACUGUCCCUCAGCUGUUCACCUCUCUCCAGGAUAUCAAGAUGCCUACUCUGUCUCCUGUGGCGCCUCUUCUCAUCUCAGGAGUCAACUACGUAAAUCUAAUGAUUCUGCUUUGUUGGAUGUCGUCAUCGUCAGGACAAGUGUCACCUUUAGGCUAAAUGAAGGCAAAUGUAGUUUGAGAAAGGCCGAGCUGCUUCCAGAGGGCCUGCCAUCAAUGAUACCAGAGAAGUACAACUCAGUAAAAGAGGGCUUCCACUAUGUCAACCUUACAUGUGGCUCUGGCAAGCAAGUCUCUGGGGCCUUUGGCAGACCAGCCAUGACUAAAGAUAUGUUUAUCAGUGUUGACUUUGAGCUUGAAGCAAACCAACAGGAGGUGACAGCAUCUUGUGAUCUGAGCUGUGUCCUGAAGAAGACAGAGAAGAGAUUACGUAAAGCUAUCCGGACACUUCGGAAAACAGUUCACCGUGAGCAGUUCCAUCUGCGUUUGUCAGGAAUGGAUUUUGAAGUGGCAAAAAAGUCCGCCAGAGGAUCUGAACACCCCACGGAUCCCUGUGGCUUGGGGCAAGAGCACAGACAGGGCAAAUGUGUCUCUUGCAGCGUUGGGACGUAUGAUGGAGGACGAGGGCGAUGCAUUUUAUGUCCAAAUGGGACAUACCAAGAUGAGGAAGGACAAAUAACAUGUGAACCCUGCCCCAACCCAGAGGGCACGGGGAACCAAAAGACCCUAGGAGCUCGAAAUGUAUCUGAAUGUGGAGGUCAAUGCCUUCCUGGUGAAUAUUCUUCAAAUGGCUUCUCCCCAUGCCACCCCUGCCCCCUGGGCACAUACCAGCCUGAAGGCGGCCGUACUUCCUGCUUCCCUUGUGCAGGGAGUUGGAGGGGAGAACUCACUACCAAACAUCCUGGUGCGACCACUUUCCAGGACUGCGAGGCCAAAGUUCAGUGUUCACCCGGACAUUUCUACAACACUACAACUCACCGGUGUAUUCGGUGCCCAGCAGGAACAUACCAACCUGAAUUUGGAAAAAAUUACUGUGUUUCCUGUCCGGGAAAUACCACCACUGACUUUGAUGGCUCCACAAAUGUAACCCAGUGUAAAAACAGACGUUGUGGAGGGGAACUAGGAGAGUUCACUGGGUAUAUUGAAUCUCCAAACUACCCUGGAAAUUAUCCAGCCAACACUGAAUGUACUUGGACCAUCAAUCCUCCUCCCAAGCGCCGCAUUUUGAUUGUGGUUCCUGAGAUAUUUUUGCCUAUAGAGGAUGAAUGUGGAGACUACCUGGUGAUGCGAAAAACCUCUUCCUCCAACUCUGUGACAACCUAUGAAACCUGCCAAACAUAUGAACGUCCAAUAGCUUUCACCUCCAGAUCAAAGAAGUUGUGGAUUCAGUUUAAAUCUAAUGAAGGGAACAGUGCCAAAGGAUUCCAGGUCCCUUAUGUAACAUAUGAUGAGGAUUACCAGGAGCUCAUUGAAGACAUAGUCCGAGAUGGCAGGUUAUAUGCAUCUGAAAAUCAUCAGGAAAUCCUUAAGGAUAAGAAAUUAAUCAAGGCUCUAUUUGAUGUCCUGGCACAUCCGCAAAACUACUUCAAGUACACAGCACAAGAGUCCAGAGAGAUGUUUCCAAGAUCAUUCAUCCGAUUACUACGAUCCAAAGUGUCCAGGUUUUUGAGGCCUUACAAAUGACUCUUUCCUCAUUUCACCAGCUACAAAUGCUCAGCCAUGCCUCAGCCUACGGGGUUUUCAAGGACAGAGCUGUGUCUGCCACUUGCAUGCCAGUGGAGGGACAGGCAUGGUACCCAGUAUUAAUGACUCUUUAGAGUUUAAUUUUUAUAGAUAAUACAAAUAUUUUGAUAAGCUGAGUUGUAUUUUUUCUUCCAAGAGAUCUUGUAUGCAGUUGUGUCCUGUCAUCGGCUGUAGCAGACAAUGCCAUCAGGUUUAGGCAGAGAGAGGCUUUCAGAGGGAACCAUGUCUGUGACCAACAGAGCUUCCUCACUGCUGCAAGUAGUGACAUGGAAUAGGAAGGACUAAGGAGUAGCUUCCCUGAGCCAUGUUUCAGUCCCUUCACCGCAUAGAGCUAAUCUGUCAUUCAUACUUCUCAUUCCCACAGUUAGAAACUGCCUAUGGGACCUCCCAAUGAUACCAGUGGUGAAUUAGAGGUGAAUUUCCUUAUCCAAAACUGGUCUGGUUCUGUUUGGGCAGCUAAGCCAUGUCAUGUUUUUCUUACUGGGGAUAUGGAGACAGAUCCCACCCCUUCAGAGUUAGGAGCAAACGACCUCCAGCACUGGGCUUCAGGCAAUGAUUCUCCAGGAGAACUGGAAGAGCCAUGUUUGGGGCAAUGAGUUCCAUUUUAUGUGACCUCAGCGCCAGGUACUAGAGUUCUGAAAGAAUAUAAUAAAGAAUGUUUGAAGUGGAGAGAAUUAAAAUAAAAUGAUGAAAAAAAUUUCUAUACAAAUGUAAUGAUUGCCUUCUGAUAUUUUUACCUAUAUAGUACAUUAAUGCUUUAUUGUUCAAACACUGAGGAGGGGCAUAGUAUCAUCAUGUCUUGUGCCAUUUCUAUUUAUUUUCCAAAAACCAGUCCAUUGGUCAUCCUACUGAAUUUUCAACCUCCGGUUAGCCAUUUAUGGCCCCAUGGAAUCCCAGUCUCUAAAUCAGAGGAUUCCUGUCUUGUUCAUCAUCUUUCUAACUCACUCAACAUUUGUUUUCCCAAAUGAUAAACUGCCUCCAAUACAUUUGCCACCUCUUACUUGUAUUGUCUGGUGACCACAUAGGGACAUUCUUUAUAGCAUUCUUUCCAUAAUGUAUUGCAUGACCGACCACAAGAUUCUGGCUUUGCUUUUUGUUGUGAACCAACUUUCUGAUGUGUCCAUCAUCACAUCACCCUGUGGAAAUAAGCUUUUUUGUAAUGGAAAGAGCAGUGGAUUUG